AUGGUGAUAAGAGGUGCAGACCCUAUCGUGGAAUGGGAUGAAAAUGGUUAUAUGAUCGCCGGAGCUUUCCCUACUUUGUUUAUGAUGGGCGGCGACAUGAUUCCUUCCGGAUCGAUUUCACAUGAUUUGAUUGACCACUUGAUGCGCUAUUACGAUGGAAGAUUUGAAAACAACGUCACACUUAUCGUGACACUCUUCAAUCAGCUGCAACGGUAUGCUGCGGUGCUAAAAGCAGCCAGGGCUUCAACAACACAUUUAGAGACGUUGCGAAAGCUGGGCCAAUUAGCAAGUGGUGUCAAUUUUAAGAAGUCUCUGCUGGCGGCCAAGUACCAUCCUGAUUCGCCUGCAGCCAAACGACUGAACGCAAGCUUACUGCGGAUAUUGCCCGUCGUUGGGGGAACUAUUCCAUUUUCACCUUUCGAGCGUGCUGGAACACGUCCCAAACUGGCUGCUAUGCGUUUUCGUUUUGGACUUCAGCAGUUUUGGAUAACUGUAGCACCACCAGAACAGGAUGAUUUACAUUACACCGGAUCAUGCUUCUCAUACAGUUACAUGCGUGGAAUGAUGAGGAGUGUACGUGUGGUCAGUCACAAUGCCGGUGGGUGCAGUUACCUAAAAAUCUGA